GUGUCGCGAUGGACUCAAACAAGGACGAAGCUGAGCGGUGUAUUAAAAUAGCCCUGAAUGCGGUCAGCAACAAUCAGCUGGACAAAGCCAGAAAAUUUCUAGAGAAGGCUCAGCGCUUAUUUCCAACAGACCAGGCCAAAAAUCUGUUGGAGUCAUUAUCUCAAAAUGGAAAGCCUCCAGAUGAAAAUGGCAGUGCUAUGAACGGAGAUGGAGCAGGUGUGAGACACCGCAGGGACAGAGAUCAUCAUGCGGACGGUCCGUCACACGAGCACACAGACUCGGCCAAGUCUUACACAGCGGAGCAGCUGGAGGCUGUCAGAAAGAUUAAGAGCUGCAAAGAUUAUUACCAAAUUCUGGGAGUGGAGAAGGCUGCCUCUGAGGAGGAUCUUAAAAAGGCUUACAGAAAGCUAGCGCUAAAAUUUCACCCAGAUAAAAAUCAUGCACCUGGAGCCACAGAGGCAUUUAAAGCUAUCGGUAAUGCAUAUGCUGUUCUAAGUAACACUGACAAACGAAGGCAGUAUGACCAGUAUGGAGAGGAGAGAACACACCCGAAUAGAAACAGACAACAUCACGACUUUGAAGCAGACAUUUCACCCGAGGACCUCUUCAACAUGUUCUUUGGUGGAGGCUUCCCAUCAAGUAAUGUACAUGUUUACAGAAAUGGAAGAAUGCACUUUGCCCACCAAAAUAGACAUGAAAGACGGGAACAGCAGAGAGAUGGAGGUUUUGCUCUGCUCGUCCAGCUGAUGCCCUUACUAAUCCUCAUCAUUGUUUCUGCUCUCAGCCAGUUGAUGGUGACGCAGCCUCCAUACAGCCUUAGUUAUCGUCAGUCUGCUGGACAUAUUCACAAAAGGCAUACAUCUCACCUAAAGGUGCCUUUCUAUGUGGGGGAGCGUUUCAAUGAAGAAUUUACAGGCAACAACCUGAAGAAUGUUGAGAGAAGUGUAGAAGAAGACUACAUCUCUAACCUAAGAAACAACUGUUGGAAGGAGAAGCAGCAAAGGGAAGGCUUGCUGUAUCGCGCUCGUUACUUUGGGGAUUCUGAAUUGUAUCAAAGGGCACAAAGAAUGGGGACUCCUAGCUGUUCCAGACUAUCUGAGAUUCAGAUUAUACUGGAUGGCUAGUAAAUACUUGCACUAUUACUGGUGUGAUUCUGAGGAGAAAUUGGUCGGAGCCCACUCAAAUUGGAGCAUUUUUCUGCAGCAAAUCAAGAAACUUCAAAACAUGCCUUAUGCGUUGUUGGCAGGAGGCCUCGUCAGAGGUUCUUCCAGCCGCUCGAUUUAGCCUGACGUCCUGUAGAACUGUGAGAAGCUUCGACUCGACUGCUGACCUUUUCUUACUCCUCUCCCGGCGGCAGCCAUGAGUCCAUUCAUUUUGGAACGUGAGAACGUUGAUAUCGGUUUGAUAAAUUAAAGCUGCUGAGAUUAGCUUUCCUUCCUGAACAUUUUAUUUUUCCUGACAACAAAAAAAAAAGUAAUCUCAAGGCCUUCUCACAGACACUCUGAGCCACUCACGAGGAAAAAGUAAUUUUUUUUAUAGUUCUGUAAAUACUUAACUUUUAACAAUGCAGGAGGGGUCGUUGGAGUCAUUUACAAUGUUUUGUGGAUUUGCUUGUAG